AUGACAAAGUUGAGGCGCUCAACACAGGCCUUUAUUUUGCCUUAAAUCCUGUAGCAAUCUAGAAAGAGAUUUGCCUGGUAACAUGAUCGCACUAAUUUAAAUAGACAAAGGUUCGAGGAUUCUUUCGUUUAGGCCCUUGUUAAAGACAGUUGCACAAGUCCAGAUUAAGAACUCAGAAUCCCUGAGUAGAACUUCUUCUUCUUAGAAUGCUCUGAUCAUUAGCUAGCCUCCAGAGAAGCCUCUAACAGUCUCUUUGACAUCAGAUACCCUAAGUUUACUCCAUCCAUUCAUCAUUAUUAAAUGUCGAUGGAGCUUGAAUAUUAGCUACUAGCUGUAACCACUCAGAAUUUUUCAAAAGUAGACUAUCAACUGUCUCCUGGAAAGCUAGCUGAACUUGAAGCUCUAAUCAAAACCAUGGAAGAGAUCAAAAAUAUGAUGGAAUAAUCUCAUGAUGAGGUGGUAGUUGAUGGAGUUCUGUACACAGCGACUCAAACUGCUGCAAAAUAUGCUUUUGAGGCCUUCGAUAAUGGAAUCUUAUCGAUAGGGAAUAUUAUCACAGAAACCAGAUACCUGAUUGAAAGUAUCGAAUUAGUCGUUGACAAGACUGGAGAUAAAUACUUCUAGAAGUCUUUGAUUACAGACCUCAAGGAACCUCUCAUUAACUUAGGGCACUGGAUAGCGACAAUGAGAAGCUACACGGAGAAUAUCCAAUAGAAUUAUUUUAGACAAUCAAUCCUUGUUCUUCUUAAAGUUGAAAAAAACUAUAAUAAAAACAAAGAUUUAUAUACUCAAGUCUAUCAAGAAUGGUCCAAAAGUGAACUAGCUCGGACUGAUGACUUUUAAAGCAAUUGGGUAGAUAUUGAAAAAACAAUCAACAAGAUUGCAGAGCAGUAUCUCUCUGCUUUUAGCUCCCGAAAAAUCAUGGAUAUGAUGGCAAAAGUGGCGAGAAUGUUCAACUUUCAAUGUGAGUAGGUAAACAAAGAUUUGCUUAACAAAAAAGAAGAACUUAUUAAAGCUGAGCAACGACUUGCUGAAAAGGAGAAUACUAGGAACUAGCUCAACUUCUUGUGGUUCGCUUUUUGGAUUGCUGCUGCCAUUAGUCAGGCUGUAAUGGCUAGCGAGGUUGCUGCUGCUCAAGCUGCUUCAAAGCAUUAACCUAAAUGA